UGCAUUCGUUAUAAUUUAAGUGAAAUGGCGAUAGAUGAAAAAUAAAAAUGAGUACUAUUUGCACACAAAAAUAUGACAUUUACGGCUUGAUAAUGUUCCCAGCAGUUUUAUUUUGAAACCACGUUGACAAAGCCUUCUUCCGGUCGAGCCGUUGCGUGGAGACGGUCAAACAUUCUUUUGAUUAUGGUUUUGAGGGUGAGCCAGGAUUUGGACUCAGAUCGAAAGGAAGUCAACAAAGAUUUCUUUGUGCGGAGUCUUUGCAGGACAGAGGGUGGCGCUGUCUUAUAAUAGGAACAAAAAAAGAUGGAGCAGGGCCAGGAAUACACCAAGACAGGAGAUGAGGUCGGUGGGGAGACCAAUUUCUCCGACCGGCCAGCUGAGCUCAUGCUGGACCUGCCUUCAGACCCUGAUGUGGCUCAGCAGUUAACUACCUUGACAUAUCAGGACCGAGGAGUGCAAUCGGCUCCCAACCUGUCGGAGCACGAGGUAAAUACAGAACGGAUAAAGCUUGAGAGCUGUGGCGUCAACCACGUGGAAGGUGGCUGGCCAAAAGAGGUGAACCCGAAUGACCCAGAGCAGAAGUCUCGCUACCUCAAGAAGACAGAGCGAGAUGACAACUACGUGGCCACUGUCCUGCAGCUUAGCCGAGUCAUGGAGCACUGCAUACGUCAGACCAACACAAUGGACAUCUAUGAAGAGUACUUCCUUGAUGAAGAGGAAGACGGUCCCAAGGCUCCUAUCGCAGACGACAGUCAGGAGCCCCCCCCUGCCAAGACCCUCAACAUGUUCAGGGACCCAAAUCAGCUGAAGAGGACAGUCACUGGGCUUUCAUGGCACCCUGAUAACGGUCGGACGCUGGCUGCUGCAUUCUCCUGCCCUGAGUACCAGGGCAUGUCUGCAGACCAGAAUAUGGACUCAUACAUCUGGGACAUUGAAAACCCUCACUGCCCGGAAGUGACACUGAGCCCCCACUCUCCGCUCUUGUGCCUGGAAUACAACCCCAAAGACUGCCACAUCCUGGUAGGAGGCAGCUACAACGGCCAGAUUGUUGUGUGGGACACACGGAAAGGAUGUCGACCAGUGGAAGUCUCUGCUAUGGACCAGAGCCACCAAGACCCAGUCUACAAGACCGUCUGGCUGCAGUCAAAGACGGGGACAGACGCCUUCUCUACCUCGACUGAUGGACAGGUCCUCUGGUGGGAUGUCCGUAAACUCACCGAGCCCACCGAGAGUCUUGUUCUGGAUCCAGGACGAGAAGGCAACAGGGAUCGGGCGUACGCUGCUGUGUCUCUGGAGUUUGAGGGCACCAUGCCAACAAAGUUUAUGGUGGGCACAGAAGAGGGUGUGGUCGUCUCCUGCAACAGGAAAGCCAAAACCCCUGCCGAGAAGAUUGUUUGCAACUACACAAGCCACACUGGCCCGAUCCAUGCUCUGCAGAGAAACCCCUUCUUUCCUAAGAACUUCUUAACAGUUGGGGACUGGACUGCACGCAUUUGGUCCGAGGACAUCCGGGACUCAUCCAUCAUGUGCAUCAGACAAAUGUCCUCCCUGAUGGAUGCUUGCUGGAGUCCAGUACGUCCAGCUGUGUUCUUCACAGUUAAGACAAAUGGUGUCCUGGAUGUUUGGGACGUCCUCUUUAAGCAAAGUGUGCCAACUCUGAGUUUGCAAGUGUGUGACGAAGCGCUCCACAGCCUGCGGGUCCAGGAGGGCGGGCGUCUGGUUGCGUGCGGGUCAGAGCUGGGUGACAUCACGUUGAUGGAGGUAUCAUCAGAAGUGUCUGAGAUGCAGAGGAAUGAGAAGGGCCUCAUGUCUGAGCUCUUUGAGCGAGAGACUCGACGCGAGAAGUUUCAUGAGUCAAGACGCCGGGAGGUACAGUUGAAAGAGCGCAGCCGCUCCGAGCAAAGUCGCCACGAUGAGGGUGGAGGAGAGGCAGAAGAGGAGGAAGAGAGUCCCGAUGAGCUGAUAGCUCGAGCAGAAGAACUCUUCUUCAAGACUUUGGAGCCAGAACCGGAAAAGAAAGGAAAGAAAAGCUAAAGGAUGUAUGAAGCCAACGUCCUGCACAGCUCUUUUCCUCUUCACUAUUGUCACAGAGAAAUUGUAAAUAAGCAGAGAGGAAUAAAGCUGCAUCAGCCUCAGUAUCAUCAUGACAUGUCAUCCCAACACAGCUACACAAGAAAACAAGCAGUCUGACUUUGGUCAAUUUAUCACUCGGUAGUGUCGUCUUGUCGUUUUUUGCAGUUUGUAUGGUUGAUCCAUGUCCUUGACACAACUGUGGGCCUCCAUGGAAAAUUAAAUGGUCAGAUAUUUAGCAAGAAGGUGCCUCUCAAAAUGGAAAACUUGAGAUGAAUAUUUUGUAUCCUAUUGGACUUUCAUUUGUCAUGUUCUAAAACAUCCAUAUUAUAUCCCUCAAAAACAUAUUGUAUAUUUUUUUUACAUAUCUGUCAAAAAAUAAAUGUUUCAUAUA